UCAGAGUCAACUUACAAAAUCAAAAAUCCAGCAUUCGCAAUUGACAGUGCAGGAUAAACUAUUAAGACAACCAAUAAAACAAGAUCUUCUUCGACUUAAAUAAUCAGCAAUAUCAAACGAUCCUGAGGCGCCUCUCAUUGGAAAGGCAGCAUGGAUUCGUCCAUACCCCAACCCGGGGCCCUCGAGCCCCAGCAGAUCCGCGUCAACUUCACGACGACAUCGCCUGAUCUGCAGCUCCCAGAAGGACGAACGCAAUUGCUCGUCCCCGCAGACAUAAAGCGGUAUGGCCUAUCCCGCGUUCUCAAUUCGGAGUCCAUGCUCAACACCCCGUCGCCCAUCCCCUUCGACUUCCUCAUUAACGGCGCCUUCCUACGAACCUCGCUCGAAGACUACCUGAAGGCCAACGGCCUCUCUGCCGAGAGCACGGUUACACUGCAGUACGUGCGCAGCUUGAUACCCCCCGUUUACCAGGCCGGUUUCGAGCACGACGACUGGGUUAGCGACGUCGACGUCUUGUCUGAGAGCUCGCGUGCGGGAGUAUGGAGCGGCGACAAGUUCUCUACGGGCCAGGACAGGAUUUUAUCUGCAUCUUACGACGGCCUGCUGAGGAUAUGGAACAAAUCAGGAAAUGUGAUCGCAACCUCACCUUCCGGUAGCCAGGGGGGGCACAGCGCAACCAUCAAAUCCGCCAAAUUCUUAUCUUCGUCACUGGUCGCAUCAGCCGGCCUCAACCGCACUGUCCGGAUAUGGAAAUACAUCGAGGCGGACGACCACCUCUCCGGUACCCUGAAGCCCUCGCUCGAAUUAUACGGCCACAAAGCGUGCGUUGAAUCCCUCGAUGUCCACGGCCCAACAGGACGGAUCCUCAGCGCCUCGAGCGACGGCAGCAUCGGUCUCUGGACCACCUCCAAGUCCUCCGCCCCCGCAGCCCCCGCCUCCCUCCUCCCCGGCGCCACCAGCACCUCCAAGAAGCGCAAGCUCGCGCCCUCCACCGCGCCGCAACGCGGUCCCCUCGCCCUCCUGCAACCGCACACCUCCCCCGCCUCCGCCGUCCUCUUCUCCCCGACCGACUCCACGAUCGCGUACUCCGCGUCGCAGGACCACACGAUCCGCACCCUCGACCUCACGACGUCGAAGACGGAGAACGUGAUCACGACCUCGCACCCGCUCCUCUCGCUCGCCUGGCUGCGGCGCGGGCUCCUCGCGGCCGGCACCUCCGCGCGCCACAUCACGCUGGCGGACCCGCGCGCCGACGCGUCCACGACGUCCGUCAUGACCCUGCGCGGGCACCGCAACAUGGUCGCCGCGCUGAGCGCGUCGCCCGACAACGAGUACAGCCUCGUCUCCGGGUCCCACGACGGCACGUGUCGCAUCUGGGAUCUGCGGAGCGCGCGCGCGGGUACGCGGGCCGAGGGCGGCGGCAGCGUAAGCGAGGCCGUGUACGUGAUCGAGCGGGAGAGUCAGAAGGGGCUGAAGAACGGCGCCGGUAAGAGCGACGUGCCCGGGCGCGGGGCUAAAGUGUUUGGGGUGGCGUGGGAUAAGAGCUGGGGGAUUGUGAGCGGUGGCGAGGAUAAGAUGGUGCAGAUUAAUGCGGGCAGAGACUUGCUCGCGGCGGAUUAGUAGGUAGGAUAUUGUUUCGGGGUGCAUUGAGAUGGGGCUAUUGGCGGAGCGGUGACUUGUGUAUAGAGAAAAUUAAGGUAUGGUGAAUAUAUACCCACUUAGAUUAGAUAUUUGGUGUCUAAUCCAUAUGUCCCUCGAUUGCCCUAAAGUACUAUCUUCGGCGAAAGUGAUAUGGUUAGAAGGUGGCCAUGGUCUUAUAAUGUACUAUAUCAUAUAUACUAACAAGUCCGGUGGACUAUUUACCUAGAUUUGGACGCCUUUAUACGAACUUUGGC